AAACAGAAACGGUUGGAGAAGAGGUGCGAUGCAGGUGAUCAUGAUCUAUAUCAAAUGGAGUUGGCGUGUUCCUUGAAGAAGUGCUUAAAGGUGGAGAAAGCAGAGUUAACAGAGGAAGUUACAAAGCUUUUCAUUCGUUCGUUCUUGGUUCAUUCAUUUUCAUUCGGCACCAAAAGAGAUCAAGUUCUAGAAUCAACGCAACUGCGACUGCGAGACUUACGCUCUAAUUCUCUGCUUCCGUCCAACUAAACAGGGUAGCUGAGUGAUCUGGUGUUGAUUGCUUCAGUUUUACUGACGAACAUGCGGAAUUGAAUACUUGAAUUCACUCUACAAAUUACCUAGUACUUGUCCGGCAGAUAAAAUUCAAGAUCAGUUAGAAUCCACACAUGGAGGUCCGUUACAAUAACAUGAGCUAUCCCUACAGCACAGCAGGAAGCUUUAUUGAAUAUGUUGAAGGUCUUACAUACGAACAUGUUAACUUCAUUUUUUCUGGUGCCUCACAUGCUCAGGAGAGUUCAUACCCUUCAAGUUCGACUACAAGCUUUGACAAAUCUGGGCUGUCUGAACCAGGCAGUACCUCGUACUAUCAGGAUAGUAAUGGUUACGAGGUGAAUUAUCAUGAGCAAUUGAUGGAUGAGUAUAGAAGGCACUCGGAAAACUCUGCAACAAUCAAUGAACAGAUGGCAACAAUACGUAUAGAAAGGGAAGAAGGAGUAAACAAUGUGUCACUAGACAGUUCUACUGAAUGUCCGAGAAGGCAUCAUAAUGAUUUCAAUGACUAUGAGGUCAGUUGGGAAGACAAUAUUGAUCCUGACAACAUGACCUAUGAGGAACUACUUGAAUUAAGUGAGACGGUUGGAACUGAGUGUCGUGGUCUCACACAAGAACAAAUUUCAUCGAUUCCAGUAUCGAAGUACAAGUGUGGCCGCUUUUUCUUCUUUAGGAAGAAGUCACGGGAGGAGAGAUGCGUGAUUUGUCAGAUGGAAUAUAGAAGAGGGGAGAAGAGGAUGACUUUACCAUGCAAACAUGCCUAUCAUGCUAGCUGUGGGAACAAAUGGCUUAGCAUCAAUAAGGCUUGCCCUAUGUGUUACAGAGAGGUGAUCGUGGACGUGUCAAAACACAAAUAAUCACCUUUCAGCGAAUAGAAGUACCCUACCUGUACAUGAUUCGGUUUUUCCCUAUGCCUAAAUAUCUCCUUCUUCUUCUUUUUUAUCAGCUAUUAAAUAAUGUAUUAUAUAGGUAUAAGGGUUACCCUUUCUCAUUUACAAAAAUGAAAAAUGAUCAAUCUUUCUUAGUACAACCUACCAAAAAAGUGUGGUUUAUUAAUAUUUAAGUGUAUUUAUACUAAUUAUUUCAAAACCACCUUACUAACAU